AUGGCUGACCAACAUCACCCCGAUGACUUGAACCCGACAAAGACCGAGGGCUUCAAAGUCAGUGAGAAGAAGACGCUGGAGGAAUACCAGCAGCUGGAUGCAAACGACGAAUCCCUCAACCGCUGGAAGGCCUCCCUCGGCUUGGGCAGCGGCACUCUCAUCUCCGACCCCAACGAUCCUCGCAAAUGUAUCAUCAAAGCUCUCGCCCUGGAAGUUGAGGGCCGGCCGGAUAUCACGGUCGAUCUCUCUGCCCCCGGCGCCGUCGACGACCUCAAAAACAAGCCAUUCACAAUCAAAGAGGGCGCCAAAUUUAGAAUGAAGGCCACAUUCCAAGUGCAGCAUGAAGUGCUGAGUGGAUUGAAGUAUGUCCAGGUCGUCAAACGAAAGGGCGUGAGAAUAAGCAAGGACCAAGAAAUGCUGGGGAGUUUUGCUCCAAACACAACCGACGUCCCAGUCCACGUGAAGAAGUUCAACGAGGAACAGGCGCCGUCUGGCCUCCUUAUGCGGGCCCACUACAACGCGUUGUCCAGGUUCGUGGACGAUGACGACGUUAGCUACUUGCAAUUCGAGUGGUCUUUCGAUAUCACCAAGGAUUGGUGA